UAACAGGGCUUCUCCACAUUUGCAGACGUUUGAAUGGCUAGUGAUUUUGAGUUAUCGUCUUAGAUAUCGCAUGUGAGACAAAGGAAGCAACUGGGAUUGGCGAAAUGCGGAAACACUGAUUUGUUGCAGGAGGCGAGAUAGCAGGUUGCCCCUGCCCUGAGGUCAGACCAGAGGAUGUGGUCGGUGGAGGAUGGGGGUCGCAGCCCUGAUGGAGACGGAUGCGGAGACGGUGGGCUGGUUUAUGUCCACGAGUCCCCCAGCCACGGCUCCAGGUUGCUGGGGAGGCUGGAGGCCCAGAGGAGGGAGGGCGUGCUGUGUGACGUGACCGUGAAGGUGGAGGGGCAGCGGGUUCGAGCCCACGCGGCCGUGCUGGCGGCCUGUAGUGGCUACUUCCUGCAGAGGCUCCUGAGUAGGGACAAUGAAGAGGAAGGGGACAACGUCAUUACACUGCCCAGCACGGUCACGGCUAGGGGCUUCACCCCACUCCUGCAGUUCGCCUACACGGGGAGGCUCUCCAUCAGCAAGAGCAGCCUCCAUGAAGUCAUCAGCUGUGCGGAGCUCCUCCACGUGUCUGACCUGGAGGGCUUAUGCCUACCUCUCCUAGCCUCCGAGUCGGACAGCCCGGACGUGAAGGACGAGGUUGUUGGCCCAGUGCUCCCUCUCACCAGCCUGCUGACUUUAGGGUCUGGGCUGAAGUCAGAGGAGGAAGAGGAAGAUGAGUGUUUCUCAGAAACCCCCGAUGUGUCUUCCUUUCGGCCACCAAUGUCCUCCUCUCUUGGUGGUUGCCGUGAGGAGGAAGAUGACGAGGCACCUUUCACCUCUGACCUUUCUCAGUGUACCAAACACACCCAGGACCACGCCGACACUUCAGUGCACCAUGGCAACUGUUCAGUGAGGGUCAAUAGUGAUGUCGGUGAGAUAGAGAAGCCAUUGACAUCUGACCUCCUUCAGUCUUCCAAACACAGGAAACAGAUUCUGAAGCAGGCCCUCAGCGAUCACCAUGGCAACCCUACAUUGCACUAUGGCAACACCAAGCCAGUGAAUUGCAGCCCAUCACCAACGGUUCUUCUGGAGCAGGAUACCUUUUCAAAUGGUGUCCAGAAAUCUUCACCUGAGUCUGCAGCUCCAGAUGAUGCUGAUAUUGGGGAGGAGACUCCUCUUAUGUCUAUACCACUGGAGAACAUAAAGAAGGAAGAAAUGAAUAAGUCUAGCUCUGUGUUGCUGGAAUACAAGUCAUCAGACAGGACUUCAAGCAGCAACUUAGCUGCAGACCUGCGUUCCAUACUGAAGGUCAACACGAGGCUACCACUGCCACACAUUUCACCUCUACUACUGAAUAGCGGCCUCACAAACCAGCACAGCGCUCUACAUGACGCUCAGAAAACCCAGGGGUGUCCUCUGACCUCUGCGAGCGUCAAAGUCAACCCUUCAAGAUCACAUAAGCCUCUGUCGAGGAGAGCUGUCCUUCUUCAGGGAGGAGAAGAGACAGCCAGGACCAGUGUUAUAUUUACCUCAGGGUUUCCUAGGCAACCGGAAUCUCCAGAACAUUCCAGUCCAGAGCCCAUGCCAUGCUCCAGGUCUCCUCAGAAUGUCUGUCGCACCAGUGAUGAGAAGACGCUUUCGCCACGUGCUUUCACACCUCCACAAGCUAACACCCAGGGCUCAGUCACAGAGUGUGAACAAUCUCAUGCCGAUAGGACUGCCACCACCUCCACAAACUAUUCCUCAGAUGAGGACGGUCGUAAUGAGGAGUCUGACUCCCCUUCGAGUCUUCCCUCACUGGCCACACCCCGCUUGCCUUUCCCACGUAUGGCCUACUGCCUGGCCUUGAGACAGCAGUCUCAGCAGGAACAGCAACAGCAACAGCAGCAGAAUACCCGGGCCGAGGAGGCCAUUUUGAAGAGCCCAGGGCCGACACAGGUUGCGACGACGGAGGAGAGGUCAUGCUAUGACUCCAGCUCCGGUGACGAAUCGGGCUCCGGCUCGGGAUCUGUCUCUGCGGGCAACUGUGAGUCAUCGCCGCGUGUCAUAGACGCAGGGCUGGAGGUUAACCUCCCCUUCCCGGUGGAUCAGCUGACGUACCUGCCGCGCACUGACUUUCAGCUGGUCAUGCGUACACAGAGGCUGACUCCAGAACAGCUGGGGUUCAUCCAGGAUGAGCGGCGGCGCACCAAGAACCGCAUGGCCGCCCAACGCUGCAGGAAGAGGAAGCUGGACUGCAUUCAGAACCUCGAGGUGGACAUACACAAACUGGUGUGUGAGAAGGAGACACUGCUGAGGGAGAGGAGUCAGCUGAGAGCGUGUCUGGUGGACCUGAAGGAGAGUGUCAGCCAUCUUAGCCACACCGUGCACAGAAGAGACCAAGAGGAACACACGGAACCAAGUUUGGCCAAGUUCUAUUGCCUAGCCAACUAAACAUUCCAGUUCUAUCCCCUUGACAGCUUAAUAUUAUACAGUGCAACAUCUAAAAGCCUGACCAAUUACUAAAUUAUUUUUUUUUCCACGAGUACCUCCUGGCACACUCAACAACAUCCCAUUUGUAUUGCCCAGCCAAAAGCCACCUUGAGCUGGUUAAAAGAGCACCUGUAGAAUCUCUGGCCUAAUACCAAAGAUUUGGAACGUCUCUAGCCGAUUAAACACCAUUCUGACCUUGACAACUGAACAGCAUUCCAAUUCUAUCACCUUGACAACGCAGCAUCAUUCCAGGUCUAUUGCUUAGCCAACUAAAGCCCAUUCCAGUUCUAUCGUUUAGCCAGCUGAACUCCAUUCCAGGUCUAUCUCCUUGAAAACACAGCACAAUUCCAGUUUUUCAUCAUUUAGCCAACAAACUAAGCCCAUUCCAGGUCUAUCAUCUUGCA